CUGUUGAUCUGUAGACGGAAUAAAUCCCCUGCGCCGCCGGGCUCGCCCAACAGGGGGCGCCAGAGGUGCGAACUCCCAAUCCGAUCGCAAGACAUGUGGCUGAGACUUUUUGAAAGCGACGUUCCGUUUUCAGCCCCAAACUGCUCCCAAGCGCUGCUAUCUCUUCCCUUUCUGCCGCGGGAGGUUUGACGCUCGGAGCCGUUCAGCAGGCGGGAAGCAGCGGGGAGCGAGCGCGCGCGCGCGGCGUGGGGAUCAGGGCAGCUGAGGCCUGACAUGACCGGAGCUGGAAGUGGUGGUCGGGGCCCUCCGGAUGGGUCAGACGGCGAGGAGGCGGAGCGAUGUCCCAUCUGCCUGGGCGUGCUGGCUGGAGGCGAGCUCGCCAUGCCCGACAGCUGCUGCCACGUCUUCUGCCUCAGAUGCCUCCUCACGUGGGCGGAGCUGCAGGCGUCCCCCUCCUGCCCCGUGGACAGAAGACCCUUCAGUAACGUCUGCAGAUGGGACGGAAACCUCCGGCUGGUCCAGGUUCCUGUGAGGAAGCGGCCGAUUCGAGCUGAAGCUGAGAGCUGCAGAAACCCCGAGCAGAAGAUCUCUCUGAAAAAUAAACUUGCAAGAAGAUCCAGGAGGCCGAAACGGGAGAGAACCUCCGCGGCUAAAACGAAAGGACUCGUGAGGAAAUGCAGCGAUGAAGAGCCGUCCUCGCUGAGCAGGAAGAAGGUGAGGGGAACGGAGUGCUGCUCGUGGGCGCCGGCUGUCUCCGUCGUCGCAUCGUCACAGGACAUUGCAGAUCCUGUUUGGCUGGCAGAGGACGCCCCUCAUGACACUGGAUCCCUGCAGUGCAAACCCCAGACGCUGCACUGUCCUUGGCUUCCUGCCCCCGCUGCUUCUGUCACUGCCGACGGCUCCACCAGUGCUAGUUUUCAUCAAACCACGUGGAACAGCCGCCUGUUUCCGCCUGGGUUCAUCUCGCCAUCCUUCUGCUCCACCUCAGCGCUCCACCCGAGCCACUUCAUAUUUCAAGGCGUCGUCUGCGCCGUCACGCGUCCCAAAGGAGGAGAGAAGCGAGGCGGCAGGUCCUCCACAUCCAAAGCUCCCACCAAAGAGCCGCAGGCCGUGCCCUCCAGGAGGUCGGGGCGCAACAGCAAAUCUCAGGAAGAGCCUCCUUCGCCGGGCCCUGCCUCCCCGCCGCAGUCCGCUCCCUCAGACUCCGACUCAUCUGGAAGUCAGCCCAGCAAGUCGGGGAAGACCUCUCAGGUUCCAGCCAGGAGGAAAGGAAAACGGGUCACAAACCGCAAAGCCAGCGGCAAGAGGAAAACCCCCGCCGGGAAGAAAGCUGCUCCUGAAGCAGCUAAGAGCGAGGAGGAGGAGGAGGAGGGCGGGGAAGAAGGCAACAGCAGUGAGAAGGAGGAGGAGCAAGGAGAGGAAGUGAACCGAGAACUGGAACUGCAGAGGAGCGACCCAGAAGAAGACGAGCAGGAUGGGUUCAGCUCCGCUGAGGAGCAGGGAGGUGCAGAGUCUGCACUUAGUGACACUCAGGAACAUCCAGAAGAAGGAGGUGAGGAGAACGACUCCCAGCACUCAGACUCGCCUCCCAAUAGCCCUCUGUGCUGCUCCGAGGGCAUCCAGGAGGAGGAGGAGGCGGCCAGCCCCGCUUCUUCAGAAGGAAAGAGCUUAGAGAAAAGGAGCCCCACGCCUCCUUCAUGCUCUCCUGAGAUUGACGAGGAGAUGUCUCCUCAGCAGGACCCCAGGGAGGAGGAGGAGGAGGAGGUCAAACGGGGAGAAACAUCAGAGGAGGCGAGACCCGGAUCACAGCCCGCUUCCCCGUCUGCUGGGAAGGAGGAGGAGCAGAAAGAUCCUGAGAGCUCUGUGAAGGUUUCUGCUUCUGAGGACUCUGGAGUGAGCAGCGCUGAGGGCGGGGCUAAAGACGACUGCGCCGUGCUUCAAGACUCCCCCCUGCCCAAAGAGGACGGCGCCUCUGAAGACAACACAAACGUGGUCCCCAUGGACUGCAGCUCGCCCAUGAGCGAGCAGGGGAACGCCGUUGUGGAGCUUCCCGCCGACUCCUCCUCUCCGCCCGCCGCCGAGCCGGAAGGCGCCAAGGAGGACCAGCAGGACCAGAGGAGCCAGGAAACCAGCAACGGCAAGCGGCGCUCUCGCUUCCACUCCCCGACCUCCACCUGGUCUCCUCAGAGGGAGAACAGGAAGUCGUCGCGCUCGCGCUCCAGAGAACGGGACGGGGGCUGGCAGGCGGGCCGCUCCUCACGGGCGCGCAGCCGAGACGGCGACAGGGAGCAUUCCCGGAGGGAACGCAGCCGCGAUCGCAGGAGGCCGCGCUACAGGAGUCGGUCCCGGUCCAGGUCCAGAUCUCGCUCCAGAACCCGGUCGUACCGGCGAGCGCCCAGCCCCGACCGGCCGGCUUCCAGAGACCGCUCCCCGCAGAGGAAGGAGCGCCGAGGAGGGUGGAGGUCCGGCCACAGCGGAGAGACCCGCCGGUUUGGAGGUUCUAGCCGCUGCGAGAACGGAGUUCCUGCAGAAGGUUCUCCGGACCGCUCCUCUGAAAACCCUGACUGGGUCACCGAGAGGAGCCGGGGCAAAGCUGAGAGCAGGAGCUGGGAGUCCGGCUCACACUGGGAGGACCAGCGGAAUGAAGGAGAGCCACGAGGCCGCGGCGCCCGAGGAGGCUUCGACCGGGGUCGGGGUUCAGGGUGGGGCGGCCGGAACUUCGGGACCCAGCAGGAGGAGCCGGCGGAGAACCGCUGGCAGCCCAGGAACAACUCAGGAAACAAUUCAGGGAACGACGCCUACAGUCGCUUCAACCGCAAAAAAGACUCUGACGCCGCGGACUCUGUGCUGGACCGCUCCGGCUGGUCCUCGGCCUCCAGCUGGGCCGUCAGGAGGACUCUGCCGGCAGACGUGCAGGACUACUACUCCAAGAAGGAGCGAGGAGGUGGAGCAGGUGGCUGGAACCGAGCGGAGGAGGAGCAGCAGCCUGCAGCAGCAGAUCCUCCAAAAAGUGAUGCUGCCCCACAGGUGGUUCCUGGUAAUGCACCUGUCCCGGUGAUGAGCAUGAUCCCCCCCCAGCCACAGCAGAUCAGCGUCCUUCACUACCCCCUCCAGAGCCUGCAGGGGGCUCUGCCCGUCAGCCUGCAGCCUGCGGCGCCGUAUGCCGUGCCCCCCCAGGUCCCCGUGCACCUUCACCCCGGCGUACCACUAUUGCAGGUCCCUGCCAUGGGGGCGCAAGGACUCCCACCUCCUCCCCCACCACCUCCACCGAUACAGGCAGGGAGCCAGACCACAACAGCUCAGCCUGAUGGUCACACAAUGCAGGUGGCUGCUACUGUUAUCGGGUUUGGGAAGCCCGCUCUCGUUCCCACACCAACCAAAGGUGGAGCAGCGGUGAGCCACGUGCUGCCGUCCUCCACCACGCAGGCCAGCCAGCACAGCCGCGCUCAGGCAGACAGCUCCAAGAAGGAGAAGAAACAACAGAUUCAGGAGAAGGCGAUAAACGAGGUGAAGAUGGCCAUCAAACCUUUUUACCAAAAGAAAGAAAUCACUAAGGAGGAGUAUAAGGAGAUCGUCCGCAAAGCAGUAGAUAAGGUAUGUCACAGCAAAAGCGGUGAAGUGAACGCUGGGAAAGUAGCCAACCUGGUGAAGGCCUAUGUGGACAAAUACAAACACGCCCGCAAGAAAUGACCUGCAGCCGGGCGGCCCCGCCCCCACGACCAUCCUGCUGCUCAAGUGCAAUUUCCUCCUGCUGGAAUGUGGCCUCCGAGCCGGACGAGGACGGAGCGCCAGCGUUUCCUUUGAUACCUUUUAUUGAAUGAAGAUUUUUUUCUAUAGAUUUUCAUAUUUUGUUAGAAAAGAACGAGCAAUCAGAAAUUGUAACGCAAGAGCCCUUUAUUUUGCAUAGAUCAUGUGACUUGAACUACUGAGACGAGGGCGGUGCGGAGGCGCCUCCACCUGUGCAGGUGAAGCUCUCCAGUACUCUUCCUCCGUCUGUGUGACGAUGACGGUCCACUUCAGAAGCUCCUCCUUGAUUUGCCGAUUGUAAUCAGAUCCCUGAUUGGAUGGGAGGCGGAGCCAGCGAGUGGAUCCUGACUGCUCCUGAAUGUGUCGUAAUGUUGACGGGAAACCCAGAGAGAAAUAAAUCUGCUGCUCCUCAGAGGAGAAGCCUUUGUUUACAGCCUCUGUUUCAUGUAAACAACCCCUCCUGUGAAUAGAGGAGUUUGUUUGUUUUGGGGUUUCUUUUUUUAAACGUGUGCAAUGACUGAAUGUUCGGCGCCGCUUCACUCACCUCCUGGUGUUCUUCAUCCUCCACGCUCAUCAUCAUCACUGCUUUGGGUUUUAGUACUAAUCAAUAAAGCUGAUCUGUUUCCUGCUCA